UCGUCAGUACUCAGCCUGCAGCUAUUUCCUUCUGUCAACCUCUUUGAACUCUCAGGAUCCUUUCCGUUGCUCGCCUCUUUCGUAGUUUCUCCACCCUGUAUUUUCACAAUUCUUCUUCCUUUAUCCUUAGCCACCCUGCUUUUUUCUCUUUAUAUUGAGGAUUUCGUCUCGACUUAAGAUGACUUGUCUUCCUUACCCUCGUCCACUUCAGCCCUGAAGAUUGAGGAGCCUUUAAUUUUCCCCCAGUGGCACUGAAAAGACUUCAAUCCUUAAAAGUCCUUAGAGUCAAAGAAACAGGACGUGGGACCUUCUCGACACCGUUGAGUCCGGUCCAGAACUGCACUAUCAACCAUAACUAGUAUUUCAUUUAACCCACUGGAGAGGAGGGAGAGAGGAGCCGGAAGCAAACUUCACUCGGCUCAGAGGAUCCGCGGUCUCCGCAUUAGCAGGAGCCGCGUGCGGGAAGGCGAAGACCCCGCGGGAAACGAGGAGGAGCUGCGAGCCUCCCUCGCCCCCUCAGCGAGGCCGGAGCUGUGGACUGAGCCUCGCGGGAUAGCACCAGCGGAGGCGGCUAGAAGAUGCGGGGCUCGCGGCCCCGGGGUGCGGGAUGCCCGCGGCCUCCCGGCGGCGGCGGCGACCCCCCAAGCACCCCUGCGUCUCUGGCCGGCUGCUACUCCGCACCUCGUAGGGCCCCCCUCUGGACGUGCCUUCUCCUGUGCGCCGCGCUCCGGACCCUCCUGGCCAGCCCCAGCAACGAAGUGAAUUUAUUGGAUUCCCGUACGGUCAUGGGGGACCUAGGCUGGAUUGCUUUCCCAAAAAAUGGGUGGGAAGAGAUUGGUGAAGUUGAUGAAAAUUAUGCCCCUAUCCACACAUAUCAAGUAUGCAAAGUUAUGGAACAGAAUCAGAAUAACUGGCUCCUGACCAGUUGGAUCUCUAAUGAAGGUGCUUCCAGAAUCUUCAUUGAACUUAAGUUUACUCUGCGGGACUGCAAUAGUCUUCCUGGAGGACUGGGGACCUGUAAGGAAACUUUUAACAUGUAUUACUUUGAGUCAGAUGAUGAGAAUGGGAGAAAUAUCAAGGAAAACCAGUACAUCAAAAUCGAUACCAUUGCCGCCGAUGAAAGCUUCACAGAACUUGAUCUUGGUGACCGCGUCAUGAAACUGAAUACAGAGGUCAGAGAUGUAGGACCUCUAAGCAGAAAAGGAUUUUAUCUUGCCUUUCAAGAUCUGGGUGCUUGCAUUGCGUUGGUUUCUGUGCGUGUGUACUAUAAAAAAUGUCCUUCUGUGGUACGACACUUGGCUGUCUUCCCUGACACAAUCACUGGAGCUGAUUCUUCACAGUUGCUCGAAGUGUCGGGCUCCUGUGUCAACCAUUCUGUGACAGAUGAACCACCCAAAAUGCACUGCAGCGCUGAAGGGGAGUGGCUGGUGCCCAUCGGGAAAUGCAUGUGCAAGGCAGGAUAUGAAGAGAAAAAUGGCACCUGUCAAGGUAAGAUCUGCCUGUGUAUCUGCAGGUGCUGCCUGCUUCAUUUGGGUCAUGUAUAUAUAGUUUCUUGAAUGAUUAUGAGUAGGUGACCUCUUACUUUGCUAAUUUAUGGAGAUUAUUUCUU